GAUGAACAGAAGGAUCCGACUUUCAGUCCAGAACGGGAGCGGCAGCAGACUUUAAUGCAGAUCAUACAAAGUGGAUUUUUUCUAAAGGAGUGUCAUUGUUUCAGGCAUGCCUCUCCAUAGCGUAGUGGUUUUACCCAUCUUAUUCUUUACUGCUGUCUCAAGCACCACGGUGUACGACAGCUACAAUGACUUUGCAGAGGAAGACGACACUCCACAGCUUGACUACAAGGAUCCUUUUUGGUGUCAUCCUCCGGGUCUGACUAACGGCGAGGCGACCUGCCGCUCCCCUCGGGGCGGCGCCCACAGGAGCACUCUGGGGACGCGCUGCGAGAUGAGGUGCGAUCGAGGAUACCGCCUCAUCGGGAGAACUUCCAUUCAGUGUCUCAACAACCGGCGCUGGUCUGGAACCGCCUACUGCCGCAGGAUGCGUUGCCACGUUCUGCCCCUCGUUCACCGAGGCAGAUACUUCUGCUCCCAGGGUUUCAUGGUGGACUCCGUCUGCAGCUUCACCUGCGACUCUGGGUAUCGGAUCGAGGGGGAACACACGCGCACCUGUCAGCACGGGGGGUCGUGGAGCGGCGCGCAGCCAGUGUGUUCAGAUAUUGAUCCUCCAAAGAUCAAGUGUCCUCCAUCCAGACUGAAGGUCGCUGAGCCUGGGAAGCUGACUGCCAGGGUGACCUGGGACCCUCCCUCUGCCUCAGACACCGCCGACAAAUCGCUGGACGUGAUCCUCGUGGGCCAGCAGCCAGGCACCGACUUUCAAGAGGGCGUGCACAUCAUCCGGUAUAAAGUGUACGAUCAAGCCAGGAACAGGGCCGCCUGCAAGUUCAUUGUACGUGUGGAGGUGAGAAGAUGUACCGAACUGUCUCCGCCCAUGCACGGUUCCCUCACCUGCUCCUCUGAUGGGAAUAACUACGGCGCCACAUGCGACUAUCACUGCGAUGGAGGACAUGAACUGAGGGGGGCGUCGAGUCGGGUCUGCCAGUUCAGCCGCAGCUGGGACGGAAGCCCCGCCGAGUGCGUCCCGAUGGAGAUUAAGUCCGACGUGAAGACGGUUUCUGCUCUCCUGGACCAGUUUUACGAGAAGCGGAGGCUGCUGAUCAUUUCUGCUCCCAACAUCUCCGACGCCGACUACCAGCUGCAGAACGUCAUGAUACAAAAGGCAGACUGUGGAUUAGACCUGAGACACUUCACCGUCAUCGAGCUGCUGGGGUCGCCGCCACGAGAGACGGGACGCAUCAAGGAGAGGCUGCUGGAGACUGAAGUGAUCGAGGGUUUAAGGCAGGUGUUCAGGAUCUCCCGGUCGUACUUCAGCAUGGUGCUGCUGGACGAGCUCGGCCUGGACCGCGAGCGCUUCAUCAUGCCGAUCGCGUCGGACGAGCUCUUCUCCUACAUCGACAGCUUCAUGCUGGAUGAAGAGGAGCGGGAGCGGCUGGAGCUCCACAGAGAGUUCUGUGACUAACCUAAUAACCCUCAACGACUGCCGGCGCAGCAUCAGCAACAACAAGAGGGAGCGGAAAAAACAGAAACCAGGUCCGGAGGAACAUUCGGAGGGAAACCAGAGGACGGUUCCUCACGUUCAACUGUGAUCACUUUACAACACUGAGGUUCGAGCACUGUCGCCAAAAUAUCAGAGGAGGUUAAAUCACAGAAAAUAUAAUCCACAAAUGCAUAACAUAUGGUGGCAUGAUGUCUAUUUUUGUGAAUAUAAACCUUUGAUAGCUAAUUCUAAAUGAGAGAAACUCCCACAAUGCAAUACUAACAGAACUAUUGAUUUUUCUUUGUUGGAGAAUAAAUGUAUACCUGA